GUGGCCAGAUCAGGAAUAGGGAGUGAACGGUCUGGGAUUAGGGGAGUGAACAGUUAGAAUGUUCUGGAAGCUCCUCCCAGAGUCGGGUCUGAGCCAGUAUUGAUCCGGGAGUGAGGGUGGGUUUAACGCCGCAGAAUGGAGCCGGCGGAGCCGCCGGGCUUGGGGGACGGGGAGAGCCGUGAUCGGGAACGGCCUUUUGGGAUCCUGCGGCUUCAGGACGAGCAGAGCCCGGGCACAAGAGUCGGGCAAGGGGCCGGUGCCGCGGCCGAGCCCUCCUGGCAGGCUCCCAUCUUCGCCUUCGCCCGGAAAGCGUCAGAAACCUUCUCGGCUGCAGCUCCGAGCAGAGAGCCGGGCCUGGAGGCGGCCCCGCGUGGGCUAAGGGACCCAAUGGCCAUUGAAAGGACGAAUCUCCUCAAUAUGGCAAACCUCAGCAUCAAGGGACUGAUUGAAUCAGCUCUGAGCUUUGGGCGGACUCUGGACUCAGACUAUGCCCCAUUGCAACAAUUCUUUGUAGUGCUGGAACACUGCCUGAAGCAUGGGCUAAAAGUGAGGAAGUCAUUCCUGGGUCAGAAUAAGUCGUUGUGGGGCCCCUUGGAGCUGGUGGAGAAACUUUGUCCUGAGGCCGCCGAGAUCGCAGCCAGUGUUCGGGACCUGCCUGGCUUAAAGACCCCUUUGGGCCGAGCCCGUGCUUGGUUACGACUUGCUAUGAUGCAGAAAAAGCUGGCGGAUUAUCUGCGGUGCAUGAUCAUCAGAAGGGACCUGUUCAGUGAGUUUUAUGAGGAGCAUGCAGUGAUGAUGGAAGAGGAAGGGGCGGUGAUUGUUGGGCUGCUUGUUGGACUCAAUGUCAUCGAUGCCAACCUGUGUGUCAAGGGCGAAGACCUGGAUUCACUGGUUGGAGUUAUCGACUUCUCCAUGUACCUGAAGAAUGAUAGUGACAGCAGUGGAUGCUUUGAAAGAGAUGGACAGAUUGCUGCAAUUCUCGAUCAGAAGAACUAUGUGGAAGAACUCAAUCGACAGCUGAGUUCAACAGUUGGCAGUCUGCAAGGCAGAGUUGACUCACUUGAGAAGGCAAACUCUAAAUUAAUUGAAGAGUUGGCAAUCGCUAAAAACAGCAUAAUUCGAUUGCAAGAAGAAAACGUUCAGUUUCGCAAUGAAAAUAUCCAAAUGUUAAUGAAGACCCAGCAACAUCUGGAGCUGGUGAAACUGGAUGUGUCUGCGGAGCUGGAGACCUACAAGGGCACUCGACAGGGACUGGAUGACAUGUUCACUGAGGCGCGGAGACAGCUGAGAGAAGAGUCACGUAUGCGCCAGGAUGUAGAGAGUGACCUUUUGGUACAGAUUAACAUGAAGCAGGAGAUGGAGCUGGCCAUGAAACUGCUGGAGAAGGAUAUCCAUGAGAAGCAGGAUGCACUGAUAAGCCUUCGGCACCAGCUUGAGGAGGUGAAAGCUAUUAACGUGGAGAUGUUUCAGAAGCUCAAAGGUUCUGAAGAUGGUUUGAAGCAGAAACGUGAGAUGAUGACUCGGCUGGAGGAGAAGACCAACCAAGUGACAGCUGCAAUGAAACGGAUGGAGCAAAGAUUGCAGCAAGCAGAAAAGGAUCAGCAUACAGCAGAGAAGGGGAGCGACAAGUUCAAACGUGAACUGGAACACAAAGUGGUGAACCUAGAGCGAGAGAUGGAACAGAAGGAACAACAGCUGGUGCAACUGGAAACAGAUCUGAAGAUUGAAAAGGAGUGGAGACGGGCUUUACAGAAUGAUCUUCAGAGAGAGAGUGAGACCAUCUCCGAACUGAGGGCUCAUACACUACAACUCAGCACCCUAAAGAAGGAAUUCCUUCACUUGCAGGAAGAGAAUGGACAACUGCAGACGAUCUGUGAGGAGCAGGAGCAGGCUCUGCAAGAGCUGGGCUGCAAACUCAGCGAGUCAAAACUCAAAAUCGAGACAAUCAAAGAAGCUAACAAGGCAUUGCAGGGUUUGGUGUGGCUGAAAGACAGGGAUGCUACUAGCUGUAAACUGUGUGAAAGGGAAUUCUCCAUCUCUACAAGGAAGCAUCACUGCAGAAACUGUGGGGAAAUCUUCUGCAACGCCUGCUCCGACAAUGAGCUCCCUCUACCUUCCUCACCAAAACCUGUGCGUGUGUGUGACACCUGCCAUGCGUUGCUCUUACAACGAUGUUCCUCCACCACGUGAACGUCCAGGCCCAACCUUGUGCUGCUAGACAGAAUUUACAUCUUUAGAUAACCUUUUUUCCUACAAAUGCCUGUCAUUUCCCAUCAGAAAUGCUGUGCAACUAAUAAUAAGUAGGCAGAGCUGUUGUUUUUGUGUAAACUGUUGUAGACUGACCUGCUAAAAACAACCAAGCAUUAUUAAUGGAACCUCUUUCACCUCUAGUGAAGUACAAAUACUGGAUGUUCUCCUAUCCACAAGAAAAUUGAAAUGGAGAAUUAUGUUGCUGUCAGUAACUAGCAACUCGUGCCAGGUCUCUCUCUCUCUGGCUGUUUCAUUCAGUUUCUUACAUAGCCCGUGGCUGGAAAUGGUCAUUCAUGUUUUGAAUUUUAAGGUGCUGGUGUGAGCAAGAUGGAGUUGUUGGGGAACUGUACUGUAUUCUCAUUUGUUCCCCUGGCUCUAAUCUGUGACCUGGGGAUACUGCCUAGACACUGCAAGAGACCAUGAUUGAAAUGAUAUGUACAUCUGACAUUUAAUGUAAGAGUUCUUCAUGGGCUUGAAAUGAUCAACAUUCCUGUAUGAGUUUGUUUGAUAUUGUUGGUUUAAUAGUUUUAUACCAGUAUACUUCAAGUUAUUGGGCAGUGCUGCACUCCUCCAAAACAGACUGUUAAAUGAAAAUUAUUGCAGACUGCUGCUUGGAAUUGUCAAUGAGUAUAAUUACUGUAAUUAAAUCACCAAUUCAGUGUU